AUGCAAGAACAAGAUGUGACUCACAAAUUGAGCCAAUACCUUCUGAACAUAUAUCAAAAGGUAUAUAUUGGAAGAAUAUUUCAUUUUCUUCUCUUCGCAGACAAACCAGAAAUAGAUGCAGUCCAGUCAAAUGACACAGUUUCUUCAUAUAAUGAUGGUACAGUCAGGAUAUACUGUUUGGCCCAUGGAGUGCCCUCUCCUCUGUUCACGUGGUAUGAUACACCUAAUCGAUCAAUAGCCACAGGAUCCCAUAAUGUUACUGGUGGUAGUGUCUUGGAACUAGAAACCAUUGAUGCAGGCAGCUAUGGGUUGUACAAAUGUAAGGCAGAAAAUCUACUUGGUUAUGAUGAACACAUCAUCAAUGUCACCCAAACAGCUCUUCCUACUUCUACGAUACCAUCGGAAAGUAAACGCCAUGUAAAAAGCUCAAUAUCAAUAGUUAACAAAGAGAAGACUAGGAGUCCUGUUGGAAGAAACAUCCCACUGAAGGUCAAUGAGGACAUCAUUCUAUUGGCAGCAGGUGGAGCAGUAGUAUUUGUGUUGAUAACGACAAUCAUCAUCCUCGCUGUUAUGAUCUAUAUAAAGUACAGUAACAACAAAAGUAUAUAACAUUUAAAAAAUAUUAUUAUUGCCAUUCCUUAUUAAUGUUAUAUAUAUGUGUAUAUACAUUUUACAACCAUCACUGCACGUACCGGGCUCUUCUGUGAGGUUCCCUCCACACGCAGUACCACUACAUUCUAUAUUUACAACACACAACAUUCAACUCACAUGUUGCUUUUUUAUGGAGGGAAGAAACAGGAGUACCUGGAGAAAACCCUCGUAGCAUAGUAGAGAACAAGACACCAACCACAUUCAACUCACAUAUGAUCCAGUCGGAGCCGGGGCUCGAACCUGGAACACAGUGGUGUGUGGCAAGCGCUAAACCACUACGCCAUCCAUGCCAUCCAUGUUGUGACAGAUUGAUCGUUAUGGUUUCUUUCACUUCUGUGUCUACUUUUUCUCCUUCUGCUCACAUCAGCAUUACUUACGUUUCCUUGUUGCCCUUCAUUUUUAAAAUUUUAUUCCUGUCCAUUUUGGAUUCUGCUUCUUAACCCUUUUUGAAUUUUCCCCUCAAACUUAAAACAGUCUAAUCCUUAAUCCAAACAUCCUCAUUUUAAGAAAGAAUUUAUCAGUUAUGAUUUUUGAUAAUGUAAUCGUGCAAGUCAUAUGUUUAACCAUGCAUAACCAUUACCAACUGUAAGGAAUCAUUUUAU